AUGGACCAAGCUUCGACUAACGAUGGCAAAGACGCCGUUUCGGUAACUAUAGAACCGAAUCAGCCUCAGCCGCAACGCUCUCUUCGCAAAAGAAUCGCUGGAAUUGUCUGGGAUAGCUUGGAUAAGACACCAGAACAGAGACGCUUCAUCGCCAAGGUUGACUGGUGGAUUCUCUCGUACUGCUGUGUUGCGUACUUCGUCAAAUACCUCGACCAGACGAACGUCAGCAAUGCAUACGUAUCCGGCAUGAAAGAGGACUUGCAACUCACCGGCAAUGACCUCAAUUACCUCACGACAUUCUUCAACAUCGGGUACAUCAUUGGUCAACUGCCCUCGCAGCUGAUUCUCACCCGAAUCCGGCCAUCCAUAUGGCUUCCAUCCCUCGAGCUCAUUUGGAGCUUCAUCGUCAUGGGCAUGGCGGGAGCCAAGAACAUCCAAACAUUGUGUGCCCUGAGGUUCAUCGUGGGUUUACUAGAGGCCAGCGCGUACCCUGGUAUCAUGACCCUGCUGGGACAGUGGUACACGCCACAAGAGCUAGGCAAGCGUGCUUGCAUUUUCCAGGCUUCGAGUUCCGUUGCCCAGAUGUUCUCUGGAUAUCUUCAAGCUGGCUUGCUUGCUGGCAUCAUCGGCAUCCCAGUCUGUCUUUACGGCUACUGGGCGAUCCCCGAUCAACCAACUUCCUCCCGUGCCCGCUGGUUGAAACCCGAGGACCGAAGAAUGGCCAUCGGUAGAAUGGAAGCUGUUGGCCGCGAGCCCAUCCGCAAACUCACCUGGCGCACGAUAAAGGACAUCGCCAAGGGCUGGCCUGUCUGGUUCUUCAGCGCCAUCUUCAUCGCACACGUCCUCGGUAUCCGCAUCUACUCGUACUUCAACGUCUGGCUCAAAUCCACCGGCCGCUUCACCCCCGAAGAGGUCAACCUCAUUCCGACGGCGGGGUAUGGUACUCAGGUGUUAUUCACGUUGACCUACGCCUGGGCGAGUGACGCAAUCGGUCUGCGGUGGCCACUCGUCAUCGUAGCCUGUACCGUAUCCAUCAUCGGCACGAUCAUUUUGAGCGUGUAUCCCGAGGAUAACAUACCUGCGAUGAUGGCGGCGUGGAUCCUCACGUUCCUCGAAACCGGUGCUGGGGCAUUGAUUAUCACAUGGAUCAACGAGGUUUGCUCGCACUCUGCGGAACAUCGUGCGGUGAUUAUUGGUGUCGUGGAGACGGCCGCGUUUACGUUCCAGGCGUGGGUGCCGCUGUUGGUGUACAACACUGGCGACGCGCCCAAGUUUCCCAUCGGCUAUGAGAUGGCUACGAUGUUCUUUGCGAUCGAGAUUGUUCUGACGCUGGUCAUUCUGUGGUGUUCAAAGAAGUGGCCGGUUAAGAAGAUCGAAAUAGUCGAAGAGAGUGAAUGA